UUUGUCUGAGAAGGUUAUGAAGAUAUUAGGUGCUAGUUUUCUUGUUUGCAAUAGUAUAUAUCACCAUAUAAUUCUGCUACAUUAUAUUAUUAUGCCACAAGUUUGAUAAAGUCCACUUUAGUAACGACUGAUUUGACACUAGCGGAUCUACUGUUUAAUAAACGGGCUGAUUUUGUCUAUCCGUCCGAGCGAAGAAUACUUUAAACAGACAGCGGCGUACACGUUGUCAAAGGCACAACCGAGAUUCUGGAAAAAUUUAAUCUUUGUUUUGGAAUCAAUCAACUCUCCAUUGUUUUGUCGCCGUUGUUUGGGCACCUACGUACAAAGAUGUACUCGGUUUGAAAAACGUAGUCCUUACCAUCGAGCCGAGAAUUGUCCAGUACAUGAGCGACUCGACCUUAAGGUGUUCCUAUGAUCUGGAGAAAGACGUUCUAUAUUCUGUGAAAUGGUACAGAGGAUUGCACGAAUUUUAUAGAUAUACGCCCAGCGAACACCCACCCACCAAAACAUUUCCGUUUGUGGGCAUCAUAGUCGAUGUAGAGCGCUCCAAUCAAACGCAAGUUGUUUUGAAAGACAUAGACUUCCAUUUGUCCGGAAGAUUUAGUUGUGAGGUGACGACAGAUUUACCUCAUAUUGAUACUGGAACAGACAGUCAGUCGAUGAUUGUCAUACAGUUGCCAGAUUCGUCGCCAAAAAUUAGUGUAGGGCGAGAUAUAUUGGAUUAUGGGGAUGUUUUGAGGGCCAAUUGCUCCUCUCCACCUUCGAGGCCUCCGGUACUUUUACAGUUUGUGCUCAACAACGUUACGGUAGCCGAAACGGAUCCAAAACUAGCAAGAAGAAAACAGGAACGUGCAUGGAGCGACCUUUCGAUGGAGCUUCUCCUGACUGAUACGCACUUUGACAAUGGGAGGUUAAUACUCAGAUGCAUUGCCCGUCUGCCGGAUGUUUACCACGACGAAGUGGAACUUGAAUUGGAAAGCGCUCGGAAUCCAGUUCCUGAAAGGGUUCGAGGUCUGAAUGGGGUCAAGAAAAUGACGGCACAAACAAAGCUGCAAUAUAUCUUACUUUGUUACGUCUUAUUCCUCCGGUUUUAAUUGUCCAUUUGGCCGGAUUGUACAUAAAAACAAGAUAAGGGGAAAUAAGUUACUUUUGUGGAUUUUUAUAGGUAUUUGUUUGUUUGGCAAUUAAAAAUGUUUUUCUGACUUGGUAGAGGAUAAGUAAUUAAGAUUAAUUAAUAUCUUUUGUCAUCCUUUGGGCGCGACUUUCGUUGACCACUCACAGUGUUAGAACGCUAUUAAGAACAAGAUCUGAAUUGUUAUUAUUGUUCCAUAACUUUUUUUUAGUAGUGUUUUGUCUAGGUUAAUUUAAUUUUAAAUAAUUUAUAAGAUUUUGCGAUAAUUUAGAUUUAAGUUGUAUAACUGAUGGUAUAUUCCAAGCAGAAAGUGAAAACAUUUUUAAAUUGAGAUAUUGUAAAAUAUGUAUAAAAACAAUUGUGCAUAGUUUUCGUUAAGUAUAGUGACUAAAUAGCGAGACAUAACUGUGUGCGUGUUCGAUACGCAUGAAAAUUACUUCUAAUUGAUGUGUAAAUAGCCUUCAGAUGACUGAAACGUUAGAAUGGUACAGAUGUAAUAAAUUGUGACCAAACCAUGUUCCAAGCAGUGCACAAAAACUGGUAAGUUAAAAGAUAAUACUGUUUCUGAUUAGAGACACGAAUAAAUAGGGAUCCACUCAGUAUAAAGGGUGUUUGGGCUAGCGCAAACUAGUUUGCACAGUGCGGCCUAAGAUCUCGUAAAUAUUAGCAUUCAAGACAAGAUUUCCAGUUUGGCGAAGUUGCCGGGCGAGCCGCAGAGUUUAGGGAAUAUGAGAUCGUUUUUCAUUUGUUUAAUCUCCUUUUAGAAAAAAGUCAAGGAAGAAGUUAUAUAAGUUUGGGACACGUCAAUGUAAGGCAAUAAGGUAAGGAAAUAGAGGUUGUUUUCUUUAAAAUACAGUUGGUGUUGAAAUUGAAAUAUUUUUCGGAUUCGUAUCAAAUAUUUCGAGCUCAAUUGACAGGUUUUUUUGGGAGGCACUCAUCGUAAAAGAUAGAACAAUAUUUUAUUGCAGAUACAAUCGCACCGAUUCUGUUUCACCAUAACCAGAAUCAGACGGUAUUCUGUCUCGAUAAAGACAAAUUGCACUUGUGGCAUAUUUCCAUUUUAACGUACCAUAAUUUAGAAAUUAAUAUAUGUAUACUAAGGUACAGCAAUCUCCUUUUCCUUACCAUUUGUUCCUAAAGAAGGAUAGUAUUGUGGGAUCGAUAUUUUUUCAUUCUAAUAAUUUCCUGGUGAUAGCAUUUGUUUCAAGAAAGGAACCAUUAUAUAUAAAGAGGAAAUUAUUGUUUUUUGUUGUGGGGCUUUAUUGCAUCAUCGUUACAUUUUUGAAAUGAACUUUUGUGAAAGCCCGAUCGUCCCCAUUGUUACUUUUGCUGGAUGCCUUAAUGGUUUUCUGAAUUUUGCUCCAGAUAACACUACUCGGAUGUUUUCGCGUUUAUUUCAAAACGGGAUCAAAUGUUUCGCAUACAGUAUCUGCAGUUGCAAAAUUUUCUUAAUCUUUUUUGCUUCAGAAUAAUAAGUCUAUAUAUUAUUAUUUAUCGUCAAACCUUCUCUAAA